UUCAAAGUUCAGAGAAUCAGGAUCAGAGCCCUUCCUCAAUUUCCUUUCUUCUAUUUUGUUCCUUUGCUUCCUGAUUCAGUGAACUCCCAACGUGAAAGUCAAAACUCAUGUGUACUGCACGUGGCCAGUGAGGUCCUCAGUCCCCUCAUCUUCUCCUACCUCCCCUUCCUCCAACAAAUCCCACUCUCUCGCACUUCCUCUUCUCUCUUCCAUUUCUCCAUUCUCUCUGUAAAGUCUGAUUCUUUAGCACAUUAAGCUCAUACAGCCUUUGUCCAUAACGAAAUCCAGAGUUUUUUCGCACAAUGCCGCGUCCCUGAUGAUUCAGUGAUCCAGCUUCUUUGAAUCGAACACCAUGGGGGUUUGUACGUCCAAGCCGCAAAAGCCGAACCCGUUUUCUGUUCAGGAACUAGAAGAUGACCAUGGCUCUUGCGAUCCUUCAAGCAUGCCGAAAAGCUCACCUACUCCGAAAAAUGAGGUCGUUUCUGCCAAGCAGUCUCCGUUCUUCCCAUUCUACAGCCCCAGCCCUGCCCGCUUCUUUAAGAAAUCUCCGGCGCCGAUGGGAGGGCCCUGGAGUGCGAGUUCGACUCCGGGGAGAAUUUUCCGGCGUCCCUUCCCUCCGCCGUCGCCGGCAAAACACAUAAAGGCUUUCCUAGCGAAAAGACAGGGAAAAAAGACUUCGACGGCGAUACCGGAAGAGGGAGAUGACGUGGAUUUGGACAAGAGGUUUGGGUUUUCGAAAGAGUUCACGAGUAGGCUUGAGGUCGGGGAAGAAGUGGGCAGAGGGCAUUUUGGUUAUACUUGUUCUGCUAGGUUUAAAAAGGGCGAGCAUAAGGGCCUGCAAGUUGCGGUAAAGGUCAUUCCUAAAGCUAAGAUGACAACAGCAAUUGCAAUUGAAGACGUACGAAGGGAAGUGAAAAUAUUGCGAGCAUUGACUGGGCACACCAAUCUUAUACAGUUCUAUGAUGCAUUUGAAGACCAGGAUAAUGUCUAUGUUGUUAUGGAGUUAUGUGAAGGAGGGGAACUUUUAGAUAGGAUAUUAUCAAGAGGAGGGAAAUACUCAGAAGAAGAUGCAAAGGCUGUCAUGGUACAGAUACUAAACGUUGUUGCAUUCUGUCAUCUUCAGGGUGUGGUGCAUCGAGAUCUAAAGCCAGAGAAUUUCUUGUAUGCUUCAAAGGAUGAGAGUUCCGAGUUAAAAGCAAUUGACUUUGGAUUAUCAGACUUUGUCAAACCAGAUGAAAGGCUCAAUGACAUUGUUGGAAGUGCAUACUAUGUGGCACCUGAAGUUCUACAUAGAUCUUAUAGUACAGAGGCUGAUAUCUGGAGCAUAGGUGUAAUUGCAUAUAUUCUUUUAUGUGGUAGUCGCCCCUUUUGGGCUCGAACAGAGUCUGGUAUUUUUCGGGCAGUUUUGAAAGCAGACCCAAGCUUUGAUGAAGCUCCCUGGCCCUCUCUAUCUUUGGAAGCAAAAGAUUUUGUCAGGCGUCUAUUAAAUAAGGACCCACGGAAGCGACUUUCAGCUGCUCAGGCCUUAAGUCACCCUUGGAUACGAAAUUACAAUAAUGUAAAAGUUCCUCUUGAUAUUCUAAUAUUUAGGCUCAUGAAGGCUUAUAUGCGAUCAUCAUCUUUGCGGAAGGCUGCCUUAAGGGCCUUAUCCAAGACAUUGACUGCGGAUGAACUUUAUUAUCUGAGGGAGCAGUUUGCUUUGUUGGGGCCAAGCAAAAAUGGCAGUAUAACCUUGGACAACAUUAGGACGGCCCUGAUGAAACAUGCAACAGAUGCCAUGAAGGAGUCUCGGAUCCCUGAUUUUCUUGCCUCGCUAAAUGCAUUACAAUAUAGAAGAAUGGAUUUUGAAGAAUUUGGUGCAGCUGCAUUAAGUGUGCAUCAGCUUGAAGCUCUAGAUCGAUGGGAACAACAUUCACGCUGUGCUUAUGAACUUUUUGAGAAAGAUGGAAACAGAGCUAUUAUCAUUGAAGAACUUGCUUCAGAACUAGGACUUGGCCCUUCUAUUCCAGUUCAUGUCGUACUACAGGACUGGAUAAGGCACACUGACGGGAAGCUAAGCUUUCUCGGGUUCGUCAAAUUGUUACAUGGUGUAUCGAGCCGAAGUCUUGCAAAGGUUCAAUAAUUUCCUCCUGGACAAGCUGAAUUUCUCUGUUAUCUCCGAGGAGAUCAUUAUAAAUGUGCAUGUCUAGAGCUUUCUUGCUAUACAGUAUAGUUUGAUACCGAAAUGUGUGUUACAGUGAUUCUUUUGAAGGAGCUCAAACUAUGAAAAGGUCUUGGUGGUCAACUGGUCAUAGGUUAAGACAAAUUGUAGAGUUUUCAGAGUUAGCUUUGCCUCAAUGAGUAUGCUAAUAAUUUUAUGUUUUUCAUUUUCGAGUC